AUGGGACAGGCGCAAGCUGUCCUUCGUGUUGUGGACGAUGACGAUGAUGGUGGUGAUGGUGAGGGCGAACGCCAGAGCCAAGCGGUGGCAGCGACGGCGGUGCCAGAGGCUGAGGUGCGGUUGACGCAUGAAGGAAGAGAGCGAUCAGCCAUCGUGGUAGUGCCGCAAGUACAGCAGCAAGAGCAGGAGCAACAAGACCAGGAGCAACAAGAGCAGGAGCACCUGCCGGUGGUGUUUGUGUUUCAUGGUGGGGGUGGCAAUGCGCAACAGAUGAGAGAUCACUGUCGGAUGGAUGAGCUGGGCGCACGAGAAGGGUUCAUCACCGUGUACCCAAAUGGCGCAGGUCGCUUCUCCAAGAAGCUCCUCACAUGGAAUUGCGAGCCCGGCAAGUGCGGGUACAGCGCUGACCACAACGUGGAUGACGUUGGGUUUGUGCUGCGGUUGCUGGACUACAUCUUGAAGGCGUUUCCCGCCAACCCACACCGCGUCUACGCCACAGGCUUGUCAAAUGGGGGCAUGUUCUGCUACCGGCUGGCGUCGGAUCGCCUCGCAUCCACCCGAUUCGCCGCCAUCGCCCCAGUCGGUGGCGUGUGUUUGUGUUCAGCGACGUUCCAACCACAGCGGCAGGUGCCUGUGAUGCACAUCCAUUCCGUGGACGACCCACGAGCGCUGUUUGAAGGGGGCGAAGGGCCGCCGUUCCCGCUCACGCGGCGCACUGUCACGCACUCGCCGGUGAUGGAGGUUGUGCAGCAGUGGACGAGGUUAAAUGGCUGUGACGGUGCAAACCCCGUUACCAUCGACACGCGGAGCUCACCGUCACCGUCACAACAGCAACGGCGUGAAGGACGUGAGCUGCACACGGCAACGCUGCUCUGCUUUCCGCCAACUGCACAGCACAGACACGCGGCACAACAGGACAACCAACACCGCCCACAACCUACCACAACCACAGCAACAUCAACAACAACAACAGCAACAACAACAGCAACAGCAGCAGAAGUAGCGUAUGCGCGGUACAGAAACAUGCCGGUCGUGUUUCUCUGGCGGCUGACGGGCGCGGGCCACGUGUGGCCGUCAAUGGCAGCAGGGGAGAGAGCGCGGCGGGCGGCGUGGGUGCAGCGGUUCUGCGGCAGCGCAACGGACGUCAUUGACGCAAACGACGAGAUGUGGCGCUUCUUCCAGCAGCACCAGGGAGCUGGGUGA